GUCUUCACCAUGAAACUGUUUGCAGUUAUAUUGCCUUUGGCAUGCUCCUUUGUUUUUUGCGUUGCAAGUGAUAAUGCAACGACCGAGUUGCCCGAUCUCAUCCCGGAUACUAUCAUUACCAAUGGUUAUCCUGCUUACGAGGGCAAAGCACCCUACAUCGUGAGCCUUAAUCUCAGAAGAGACGGAAGCAAUUCCCUGACAUUGUGCGGUGGAUCGAUCAUAGCUCACAAUUGGGUGCUGACUGCUGCCCAUUGCAUCCAUAACAAAAACUACGUGGAAAUUCAUUAUGGAUCGAACUGGCGAUGGAAUGGUCAAUACAAUCAUGUAGUCCGCAGCAACAAUUUUAUUAAGCACCAUCUCUGGCCCAACACCAAUGGCAAUGACAUCGGUCUGAUCCGCACACCUCAUGUCAACUUCAACGACAGAGUAAACCGAGUUCGUCUGCCGACUUUCAACCAAAGAAAUGAAGGAUUUGUUAACUGGUGGGCAGUGGCCUGUGGCUGGGGAGGACAGGCCAACGGUCAAAUUGCUGAUUGGCUGCAAUGUGUCGAUCAACAAAUCAUGAGCAACCAGGAAUGCUCGAGAACCUACGGCAACAUUCCGUUUGGUAUUUUGUGCAUGAGGACUCCAGGUGGCAGAUCCACUUGUGGUGGCGACUCUGGUGGACCUUUGGUUACUCACGACAAUCCCAUAUUGGUUGGCAUCACAUCAUUCGGAUUAGCCUCAAGUUGCACAACUGGCGCCCCGGCUGGAUUCACACGUGUCUCAGCCCACUUGGAUUGGAUACGUCAACACUCUGGUGUUGCAUAUUAUUAAGGCUUCUCAAUGAAUUGAUAAUACAAUAAAAAUGCAUGCAAA